UGAUAGAGUUAUUAGAAUCUUAGGAUUCGCUGUAGUGGUGAAUGAGUGAAGUUGCUCUUGCGUAUCAGAAGUUGUGCGUCGUAAGCAUCGUGUCAGUAAAGAUGAAGGGUUUUCCUAUAGUGGUUUUUCUUUCCAUUCUAGCCAUUUCUCAUUAUGUUGAAGCUAAACCUGCUGGAGCUUCACCCGACGCGUCUACAAAGAAUGAAAGUUCAGACAGUAAAACCGCUGUACCGCCGAAUAAUGGGAAACCUGGAAGUGAUGACGUGCCAACCACCUUAGUACCUGUUGGAGCCACCGUAAUUACAAAUGGGGAAGUGCCACCUCUUGCACCUGGCGCGACACCAAGUACCACUUUAUCCAGCAGCAUUAACAUAUCUACUGUAGCUCCUACCAGCAUGAAUGGUUCUGCACAAACCCAUCAUGUUUCAACAACAGCUGCUACUAAUACUACUACAACUCAGAGCUCAAGUUCUGACUCAUCACCAACUACAACUACUAUUGCUAGUACAACUACAACCAACAGUUCAUCGACUACCGAACCAACUCCAUUACCCACGUCAACAUCAUCAAAACCAAUUGUUACUUCGCCAAUCCCAUUUGUAGAAACGUCAACUCAGUCAAUUCCAGUAAAAGAUCGCAGAUUUGAUGGCCCAAGCUUCAUUGGUGGAAUUGUGCUUUCUUUGGGCACAAUGGCAAUUGGAUUUGUGGCUUUCAAGUUCUACAAAGCUCGUACAGAAAGGAACUAUCACACUCUUUAAUUGACUGUGUCGUUAUUUUGGAAUAUCAAGAGGUCAUAUUUUGCUUGUGUAAAAGUUACUUUAUACAGAAAUCUCUGGAACAAAUGUUUAUAGGUCCUAUUUCCAGUACAUUUAUAGAAUCUCACUUACACGUAAAAUAAUAGUUAAAAUUGUCUUGAUUACUGACCACUGUCUGUUAUUAUGGGAACUUAGGGUAUAGAUGUUAAAAUGCUUAAUUGGCAUACAUUUUGAGAUGUCAGUGGUGGUUGUGAUGAGAUUAAAUUCUCAUGUAUUUACAUCAUGCCUGCCUGUACAGUUACGAAUGUAUAUUUUUUGAUCAGUGUAUUUGCAAAAUGCUUUGCUCAAGUCUGCUUUGUGGUUACUGUACAGAGUUGACACUGAUUUGUGGAUAGAUGUUUUUCCAGGCAAAUUGAGAGCAUAUAAAGUAUGUAAUAAGUCACAAGUUGCAUUCACUGCACAUUUUUUUAUAUUCUAUGUGCAACCACAAAUUGUAAUUGUUGCUGUAAAAAGAUGUAACACAGUUUUGUUUCAUAAUAUUUUUUGUUUCCCCUUUCAACAUUUUAGCUUGUUGAGAAUGUUUGACAGGUCAGUUGUAAAUGCAGAUUAUAGUGAUGUGAUGAUGAAAACUGUCUGCAUAGUAAAGCUACCACCUGGAUAUUAACAAUGUACUGCAUGAAAAAUGACUAUUUUUGGUCCAUAUUUUUCAACUUCCAAUUUCAUAUACUUCAGCAAUAUCCUGGCUUACAGACAUGAAAAUCUGCUUACAUCACAAUCUCAACUCCUUAACAUUUAUGUACAGUUAGGAUACAGUCUGUGAUCACAUUAAAAUAUUUAAUUAAGAUUGUUAUGGGAUAAGUAAUAAGAGUGGAGUGUGUGGAUGAUUGUCAUAUGUUACUGGCGUCCAUAAUAGUAAGGUAUUUUUUGUUUUUGUUAAAUUUUUUUCUGCCAGACAUUUCAGUGAAAUGUAAGCCAUGGCACGAGUUGUUUUUCUGUAAACAGUUUAGGUUGGUUAUGUCCUUAGUGGUAGGUUCAGUGCUCAGUUGAGCUAGCUAAAAGGAAUUCAAACUACAGAUAUCACAGUGUCAGGCAGUUGUCCUGAAAUUUGAAGCUGAACUGUUUCUUAUUUUUUGAAUUAAUGAGUACUACUACUCACACUUUAUUAUUGUGUAGCCAGCAAGAGGCAGCCUUGCUUGAGGCAAUGUCUGGAGAUCUAACCCUGAACAAAAGUAUUUCUUUCAAACUCCUUUCAGCCAUGUUCAGCAAGUUCUGAAGACUGAAAUCUGUGAUAUUGAAGUUAAGUGUGUGUGUGUGUGUGUGUGUGUGUGUGUGUGUGUGUGUGUGUGUGUGUGUGUCAUUACGGUUGGUAUGAGUUGAAGUGGGCCUGAGAGAAGGCAUGUGUGUUGCUUAAGAUUGCUGUGCACAAUUUGGCAGGCUUGUAGAAAAUAAAUUUUAUUAGUUGGCUCCUCACAUGUAGUUAUUUUGCAAAUUCAGUGUAUUAUAAUGUUAAUGAAAGCUUUGGUGUGCUAUAAAUCUGUAAUUGAAGAAAAUCCUUCUGUAUCAUCAGGAGUACCAGUUGCAGUUACUCUCAAUAACUUUUUUCUGCACAGUUUUAUAUAGUGGAAGCUCUUUUGUAAGUGCACAUGUACCAUUUGGAGUGUUAAAAUUUGAAAGCUGGAUAUUUGAUCUGAAAAGAUUUUUUUUGUUUUUGUUUAGCCAUAAUUAUCUUAUCAUGAUUUGUUUUGUCUUAGAAGUUCCUUUAGGCCAGUUGGAGUACUUAAAUUUGAUUCUCAUCUGGCAGUGCAGUGGUCAGUUGUGACAGCAUUGUAUCAUAAAUAAAUUGUUCUGGAAAGAUCUUUGCAGUUAGUGUGGUUAGACUUUUCUCGAUGAUUACCUUUCUGAAAGGGCCAGUCAUUAAUGAAUAUUAUAUAUAUUCAUUAUUCUGGCCGAAAUUCUUUGUUCCUUUGUUACAUGUAAUCUAUUAUGGGGUACUUCAUUUGAAGACAUUUAGGCACUGCAAACAGAUUCAGAACUUCAGUGUUUGGCUUGUUUCAUGGCUUUUCUGUCUUCUCAUAGUUUUAAAGUAUUCUUAUACAUAUUCUACUGAAGGGCAAAAAAGAAACUGGUAUUUUUGCUGCAGAAUUUGUUGUCUAAAUCAUAUGCAAAGAUAUUUGAUAACAUUUUGUCAUAAUGAAUUGUGAAGCCCUCUGACAUAUGGAUAAAUGGUGCAUUUUCAGGUAAGCUUAUUUCAGUUCAUAGUUCAUUGGCAAGGAGUUCCUUGUGCUACUUGCUCAUUGUUUGUGCAUUGGGGUUAAUUUUCCUUGGUUAUUAAGUGACCUUUGCAUUUACUUUCUGUCAUAUGCAAUUACACACAAAUGCAGAGUUAAACAUCUAGAGACUACAUGCAUUGUUAAAAUGAAAUUACUUGGGUGGGAAGUCCUUCAUAACAUUGCCUUAAGUUUCAAUGCAUAAUUUCAAUUGAACAGUAAAAAAUAAUGUGAAGGAAAAAGCACCAUUUAUCAAAGCUUCAAUGAAAAGAUACUCAGUAUCAUAGGUAAAGUGAAGAUGUUUCAUUUGCGCUAGCAGACAGUUUUAUUUUGUGACACUUAAUAAAAUGGGGCAAAUGCAGUCUACUGUUUUAGGUUGCAUUAGCAAAAUGUGAAAAGUUAAAAUUUCACAAAUAUUGUUUGCUGGUUUCCAAUCUGUCCAGAUGUAUAUAAUUUGUAAUGCAAAGUCAAUUAGGAAAACUGUCAUCUCGGGGAUAUGAAAUUAGCAAUAGAAGCAUAAAAUGUUAAAGUAACUUGGUGAUUAUUCAAUUGGUAUCAAUGGAAUUAGCUUGGAAAAAUAAAGUGCUCUUAAUGUAGUUCACUUACAUAUUAAGUGUUAAUGUGAAUACUUCUGGAACAGAAAUGGUCAUUUAAAGAAGUGUUGAAAGCUAUUGUUGCCUUCCUGUGUAUUUUUAAAUUAAUAGGGGCUUCAAACAGAAUUGUCAUUUCAGUGGUUCAUGAUCUUGCACACACAUUUAGUUAGUGUGUUGAGUGUAUUCCUAAAGUUUCUUAAAUAUGCAAAUUGUGUGUGUGUGUGUGUGUGUGUGUGUGUGUGUGUGUGUGUGUGUGUGUGUGUGUGUGUGUGUUAUUCAGAAAAUUUGUCAUGUAGUAUAAAGCACGUCAUGUUCUUGAUAAACAUUGUUCUGUGUGUGCCUUGAGAAGUAUCACAUUUGUUUCAAAUUUUCCUUGAAUUUUAAUGUCUUAAUAGUAGUUAAGAUAUUCUGUGUUGGUGUAUAAAUUGAAAAAGUGGCCAGGAUGAAAUGGUGGUGCAUUGCUUCUAAAACAAACUGAGCACAUCAGAGUUGGAGGAGCAUUCAACACAGUUAAUUUUACUCAUUGUUAUCUUAUGUAGAUUGUGUAUGAAUUUGAGAAAGGCAACCAAUUUCUAUAAAUCAUUUAAAACUAAUGCUGUUAUUUCUAUUUUGAUAUGAAUCAUUGUAUGAGCAAAGUUUCUAAUUUGUUGUUGAGUAGUACCUAUUAUUUGCUUACUGAACAAAUUGAUAAAAUUUAGAUUAUAAUUUUCUGUAGCUUCACUGGUCCUUAACUAAGCAAUAACACUUAACUGUGGAAGUCUGGCUAAAAUUUUGUUUCCACUGUUUCGAAAGAACUCUGUACUUUUGGGUUCAGUGCACUGCAUGUGGUAUGUGAAUGUAGUUAAACCUUGUACCUUGGUAUGUGCAUCCUGUCAAUCAAAAACAGAGGUAAUAGGGAAAGCAGUCGGCAUCCCUUCAGUCUUAUCUGUUGUUAAAAUUUGCUUUACUGGAAACUGCUUGAGUUUUAAAUAUAAAUAGAAUCAUCAUUCCCAUUUUCAUAGAUGUAUUUUGCUUUUCUACAGUUUGUAUAUUAAAUUCAUAAGUUUUAAAUAAAUAUAUUUACAAAAAUUUGA